UAAUUAAGUAAUAAUGUUUUAAAAUUCAUUUGCAAUUUUUAGCAGCUUAAAACAAAGAGGCGCGUAAAAGCGCGUGAUUAUUGAGACUACCCAGAAAGCAUGUAACCUUACGACAACCUUGUGUCAGGAUUUUUAUUUUAUUGUCACGUAAAGGUGGUGGAGUACUUUAGCAGAUCACAAUGAAUACUUCAGCUGUUGAUAAACUGCACCAGUACACCGUCGUUAUGCCAGAAAUAUCCGAUCCACCCUGUGAAUAUCCACGUGGCAUGCACAGCUUGUUGAUGCUA